AUGAAUGAAAUUUGGAAAUUGAAUAUUCCUCCUAAAGUCAAAAUCUUUUUUAAAGUCAAAAUCUUUGCUUGGCUCUUAUCCAGGGGAAGGUUAAAGACUAAAACAAGGAUUGCUAGUUUUUGUGAUAAUAAUGACACUGUUUGCCAGCUCUGUAGGCUGGGGGAUGAAGACUUAAACCAUGUCUUCUUCUCCUGUCCCUUUGCCUCUGGAGUUUGGCAGAAUGCGGGUAUUAACAUUUAUGAUUUUUCUUCCUUUGAUGCCUGGUUUCUUUCCUGGUUCAGGAAGGGCUACCAUAAAGUGAACACUGAGAAUUUGAUAGUGCUUUGCUGGAAGAUUUGGGAAGCUCGAAAUAAUCUUAUUUUCAGACAAAAAACAGUCUCCCCCAUUAUGGUUGUUCAUGCUGCUGCUACUCUGGAAGCUGGUUUCAGAGACAACAAUCUUGUGAGGGAUACUUUUCCCCUCAGUCACUAUGGUAUUAUCAAGUGGACUCCUCCUCCUCCAGGAGUUUUCAAACUAAACUUCGAUGGCUCAGUCCGAGACAAGAACAAAGCUGCCGCAGGAUUUGUGAUUAGAGAUCAUGAUGCAAACCCUAUUUUUGCCGGAUCCAGAUCCUUUGGCUCCUCUUCAGUUCCCAUUGCUGAAGGGAGCGCCCUAAGAGACGGCCUUUAUCACGCCUUUCUUCUCAAGUGCAAGAAGCUCAUUGUUGAAGGGGACUCAAAGCUGAUCAUAGAUGCUGCCAAAAAUAAUUGUACCGUUCCUUGGAGGCUCAGAACCCUCUUUAAAGACAUCUGGUUCCUCUCCAGUCAAUUCGAGGAGGUGGCCUUCAUCCACAUUCCUCGUGAAGCCAACUUGGUUGCUGAUGCGGUUACUAACCAUGCCCAUUCUUCUCCAACCCCGACGACGUGGAAGCAAAAGUUGCCGUUCUCCGCUUUUUCUGCUUUUAAUUUUGAUUACUUUAGCUCCAGUUGUAGUAGGGGCUUCGCUUUGUAA